UUUCCAGCUAUAUGAAGAUCAAAUUUAGCACGGGUCUCCAAAUCAAACACAGCUAAUUAUUAAGCUCAUACUAAGCUAUAAUCUCGCGUUAAGACAGACGUUUUCCUGUGUGGUCGAUCGUAUUGGAUUCUCAACGAAUGUAUUAGUUAUAUUGUGUAUCAUUCUUGUCUUGGCCGUUGAAUUGUAUUUAUCAGCAAUGAAUGUGGUAAUUUGCUUAACGAUAUUGUGUGGUACGUACGUGUCGGCUGGAAUUGUGACUGUGCAGCAACCAAAACAACUUACUGGACUAUGGAAUACAUUGGAUAAACAACAGCCAAUACUGGCUGCUCAUCGUGGCGAAAAGGUCUUAAUGCCUGAACAUACAGUCGGUUCAUAUGAAUUCGCCGCUAUAGAAGGUGCCGAUUACGUCGAACCGGACUUAGUGCUCACACAGGAUGGUCAUUUGGUUUGCUUCCAUGACUUGUCCCUUCGUUCCGGCACGAAUGUAGCUGAUUUGCCACAAUUUGCCGAUAAAAUUGGCAAUUUGACGAUUCAGAUUGGUGGAGGAUUCAAUCAAACCAUCAACAAUGAUUGGUUCAUUCAUAAUUUUACGCUCGCUGAACUGAAACAGUUACGCGUGAAACAGCUGGUGCGAGGAAUUCGUCCACAAUAUUUUAACACUUUGUUCGAGAUACCAACUUUCUCGGAAUACUUGAAUGUGAUUCAUAAAAUGUCCUAUUUGCAGAAUAAAUCCGUAGGUGUAAUUCCUGAGCUCAAGGACCCAGCAUUCCACAAUGGACUCUGGCCGGGAAGCUAUUAUAUGGAAAAUCUAUUACUUAAUACUCUGAGAGACUAUGGUCAUCCAAUUAGACAAGGAGACGUACCCAAGUGUAACUAUACGAACAACGGCAACGUGUUCGAUAUCACAUGUGGACAUGUGAUUAUCCAGUCGUUUGAAAUGGAUUGUAUCAAAUACUUACACCAAUCGCUUGGCGAUGGAUCCCCCAUUGAUUUACUUAAACUGGUCAGUAUUCAGAAUUACGAGGAAUUGACAUACGAUGGAUUGAAGGAAGUUGCCGGUGUGGCGCAACAUAUACACAUCGGAAAGGAAUAUCUCUACACUGGAAUCGAAGUUGCUCUGCAAAGCUAUAACUACGAUCAAGAGCGUAUCGCCAGUCUGGGCGGAUUCGUACCACCGGAAGAUAUUGUUAAGGAGUGCCAUGCACUCAACCUCAAAGUAGGUAUUUACACGAUAGUCGACUCGCAUGAGAGAAGUAACCGAGGAUGCGCUAUUCAAUGUGAACCUGACGAUAAGGAGAAAGAAUUGUUUUACUACUUUGAGAUGGGCGUUGACGGUUUCUUUGUGGAAAACGUUCCCGAAGCUGUGAUAAUACGAAUGAAAUUCGAUCAUCAACUACAAAUAGAGGCACUGACUAGUUCGGGAAGUCGGCUCAUCGGUUUCGGAGGGUUUGUCAUUGUAUUUAUGAACUUCAUUCGGAUGCUGAUGUUGCACUAGAAAUUAAUUGUGCAAAGGUCGAAAGGUCGCAACCGUUCGCUUCCAUUUUGACUCCAAUUUUUACAUCGAUGAACACAACCGUUCAUUGUUGCUCUAAGAUUAAGUUGUUCGUCCAAUAAAUUCAACGAAAAAAA